GAGCCGAAAGCGGUGCUCCGGGGAGCGUGUUCGGAGAGGAGGAGGCGAGUGAAGGCGUCCCAUCCGGAGCCAAAGGAGGCAUCGGGGGCAAAGCUGGUCUGGACGGAGCGGUGAAGACAGGCUGAAACUUCUGAUCGGACACUUAAAUCUAGGAAGAUGAAGGCAGUGUUGCUGGGUAGUCAAAGCAUUAUGUCUCCUUCAGAAAUCCUCCUGGCCAUUGCGCUUUUCUGCCUGCUCCUGGUUGUCAUCAAAUCCUUCCGGCAGCAGAUCCCUCAGGGGCUGAAGAAGCUCCCGGGGCCGAGGGCAUACCCGCUGAUUGGCAACGUCCUGGAGCUUCAGAAGAACCCUCACCUGGCCUUGACUCAGAUGAGCCAGAGAUACGGGGAUGUGAUGCAGAUUCAUAUCGGCACAAGGCCAGUGCUGGUCCUGAGUGGGCUUGAAACUAUCAAGCAAGCCCUGGUGAAGCAAGGAGAAGACUUCUCGGGGCGCCCUGACCUCUACAGCUUCCAGUACAUUGGGGAUGGCCAGAGCUUGACCUUCGGCAGGGAUUCAGGGGAAAUGUGGCGAGCACGCAGGAAGCUGGCCCAGAAUGCCCUGAAGGCCUUCUCGGCUUCUGCCAACCCAACCUCCUCCACUUGUCUGUUGGAGGAGCAUGUCUCCAAAGAGGCAGACUACCUUGUCAUGAAGUUCCAGGAACUGAUGGAUGAGAAAAAGAGCUUUGACCCCUACCGGUACCUGGUGGUCUCUGUGGCCAACGUAAUCUGUGCCAUGUGCUUUGGAAAGCGUUAUAACCAUGAAGACCAGGAACUGCUCAGUCUGGUGAACCUGAACAAUGAGUUUGGGGCGGCUGCUGCUUCCGGGAACCCGGCAGACUUCAUCCCUGUCCUCCAGUAUCUUCCCAGCCGUGCCAUGAAGGCCUUCAAGGACCUCAACCAGCGCUUCACUGCAUUUGUGCUGAAGAUAGUUAAGGACCAUUACACGAGCUUUGACAAGGAGAACAUCCGAGACAUUACUGACUCCCUGAUCAACCACUGCGAAGAUAAAAAACUGGAUGAGAAUGCAAACAUCCUGCUUUCGGAUCAGAAGAUUGUCAAUAUCGUCAGCGAUCUUUUUGGAGCUGGUUUUGACACAGUCACCACUGCUCUCUCCUGGUCCCUCAUGUAUUUGGUGACAUAUCCAGAAAUCCAGAAGAAAAUGCAGGAAGAAAUAGACCAAACCAUUGGCAGAGAAAGGAAGCCCAGGCUGUCAGAUCGUUCCACGUUGCCCUACACAGAAGCUUUCAUCCUGGAAAUGUUUAGGCAUUCCUCCUUCCUGCCUUUCACCAUCCCUCACUGCACAACCAGGGACACAGCACUGAAUGGCUUCUACAUCCCGAAGGAUCUCUGCGUCUUCGUCAACCAGUGGCAAGUCAACCAUGAUCCGAAGCUUUGGCGAGAUCCUUCUGCCUUCAACCCAGAACGGUUUCUCACAGCUGACGGGACAGGAGUAAACCGAGCAGAGAGCGAAAAGGUUCUGACAUUUGGUCUGGGCAAGAGGAGGUGCAUUGGAGAAAACGUUGGCAAGGGCGAAGUCUUCCUUUUCUUGACGACCAUCGUUCAGAAGCUGGAGCUGAGUGUGUGCAGCGGGAAGACAGUGGACUUAACCCCUCAGUAUGGACUCACAAUGAAACACAAGGAGUGUGAGCAUUUCCAGAUUAGGCAGCGUUUCUAA